AUGUUAAGAAACGGAACUCGUCUGCGUCGUCUUGGUCAUAACCUAUGGGCGCUUGCAACUGCACCCUCUGUGGACCAAGCAGACAGUCCUCGCACCGAAAGUGGCCACGGCAUCCAUCUAACUAUUGCAUGCAGACACGAUCUUGGGCCGAAACUCCUUCAGACUGGUAUAGCAGCUUUCAUGGCAGACCUCGCCCAAGGUUUCACUAUCCAGAAUAUCAUACACGAUUUCACUAUUGAUGUAGUCAGUCAUGAUGUAUUUCUCUGUGUGUUCUCUCUACUUAUGGAAUAG